AUGACGCCCCGCAAAGCGGUGCGCUCACCGCCCCGAUCUGCCCAACGAACAAGCAGAUUCAACCUCGAAAUCAUACCUUUGACCCCCCAUCCAGCAACAGAUCAAUUCAUCGACGCGACAACCCCGAUCCCCCGCCUCUCCAUCCGCCACAACAUGGACCGCAUCGUCCUACCCCCGCCGACGAACCGCAAACGCGCACUGCCGCAGGGCGAGCUGGAGGCGGCCUCGACGCUGAAGCUUGGCGCGGACCAGAAUACACAUACCCUCUCGCUGUCCGAGGCGCGACUGGUUAUUCACAAGGUUUUGGAGAAUAAGCGUCGUGGUGGGAAUAAAUAUGAAGAGCCUGAGACCCUGGAUAAAACGCUCGUUUACCUGGAUGUGUUUGCGCGAUUCAAGGACGAGGAGAAUAUCAAGGCGGUGGAGCGACUAUUGAACUCGCACACGGAAUUGGAGAUGUUUGAGCGGUCGCAGUUGGGUAGUUUGUGCUGCGAUAAUGCGGAGGAGGCCAAGUCUCUGAUCCCCAGUCUGCAGAAUAAGAUUGGCGAUGGAGAUCUGCAGGAAUUGCUGGACGAGCUGACCAAGCUGCGCAACUUUACGGAGUGA